AUGUCCAAAAUCCUCACGGUCUUCGGCGCGACAGGCAAACAAGGCGGUUCCGUCAUCCGCACAAUCCUGCAGGAUGCAAAGCUCUCCCAGGAUUUCAAGAUCCGCGGUAUCACCCGUGACGCCACGAAGCCGGCAGCUCAAGCACUGUCCCAGCAAGGCGUUGAAUUGAGAAAUGCCGAUAUKAACUCUAAGGAGUCUCUCGUCCAGGCACUGCAAGGCAGUCACUCGGUCUUCCUUGUGACCACGCCAGCCUGGGGCGCCGCCGGUUCAGAAGCGGAACUGGUGCAUGGCAAGAACGCGGCCGACGCAGCAAAGGAAACUGGCGUCCAGCAUCUGAUCUUCUCCUCCUUGCUCAAUGUCACCGAGACAUCCGGCGGUCGGCUGAAACAUGUACCCCAUUUCGACCAGAAAGCGCAGGUCGAGCAAUACAUCCGGUCCAUUGGUGUGCCUGCUACCUUUGUGCUGCCGGGGUAUUUCAUGAGCAAUUAUCCCGAAAUGGGUAUGCUGCGCAAGGGCGAGGACGGCGUCUACACCCUGGCGUACCCUGUGAGUCAGAAUGCCACGUUUCCACUGGUCGACAUCGAGAACGAUAUGGGCAAAUACGUCGCCGCGGCGUUGAAGAAUCCUUCCGACUCCCUCGGUGCGCAGAUCCUCGUCGCCGAAGACUACUACACCCCUACUCGAAUCCUCAAGGAGUUCGAGGAGGUUACCGGACAGAAAGCUCGAUUUGUUCAGGUGGAUUCCGAUACUUAUAAGAGCUUUAUGCCCGGUCCUAUUGGCGAAGAGAUGCUGGAGAAUCACCUCUUCAUUGAGAAUCCCGGUUACUACAACGGCAGGGAUUUGAAAGAGAGCAAUGACUGGCUCGAGAAGGCUGGGUAUCAGCCAACGAGCUGGAGAGAUUUCUUGGUGCGUAACAAGGCCGCAUUUCUUCAGUAG